CAUCAUACGCAUAACUUUCCAACAUGGCGUCGGGUCUAACGGCAGCGAAGGGAGCAGAGGACCUGACAGCCCAUCCUGGGUUCAGCAAUGACAAAUACUCCAUUCUAAUGGUCAUCGGCGCGCUUUAUCGACCGCGCAUACUGGACUUUAUUGUGGUGGAGAUAGAACGAGGUAUUCGUGCAUGGGAUGUGGAUUUGACCGCGUGUAACUUGGAUGAGCAGCUCAGACUCUUCGUUCAUAAGCAUUCUUCUUGUCAAUCCAAAGACGUUAAAGGUCAAAGGACAUUUCAAUUCAGUUCAGAGGUUGUGGACGUCAGGGUUGUAGUAAAUCCAUCAGAAGGGGUUCUCUAUUCUGAGGUGCAUGGUUUGAUAUCAGGCGUAUCUAGACACAAGCUGCUGGUGCUCACAGGACAAUCUCUUGAAGAAACCGGAGAUCUUGUCCUGCACACUGGACAGUUCACUCCAAAUGAUUUUACACAGAUCCUUUCAGAUGAAGAGAUUGACGCACUAUUAAACUCUGUUAGCACACACGGCAAAGCAAACCUCACCAUAAGCUGCCCUAAAACUGGAAAAUGGAAAACUUCUGUGCUUGGAAAACACAAGUUACAUGAAAUUAUGGACAUUAAAGUAAAUCCUCUAAUGGUGCUAUCUAAAAUGGGCGGCCUUCAGGAGUUCACGGACCUUCUUACUGAGUCUUUCGAGCCACAGUCUCCUUUUGACCUCCUGGAGCCUCCUGGCACUGUGGGAUUCCUCAAACUCUGUCGCCCGUGCUGUUACGUUUUUCCAGGAGGCAGAGGAGAUUGUGCUUUCUUUGCGGUCAAUGGAUUCAAUGUCUUGGUCAAUGGUGGAGCAGAUCCGUGCGCCUGCUUCUGGAAGUUGGUCAGGCAUUUGGACCGCGUGGAUUCUGUGCUGCUUACACACGCGGGAACAGACAAUCUGCCCGGAGUUAACAGCCUGCUGGAGAGAAAAGUAGCAGAGACUGAGCGAAGUAAAACCGACUGCCAGGAAAAAGAACAAUGGCAGAAGAAUCUCAUCUCCCCAGAGCUCGGCGUGGUCUUCUUCAAUGCUUCAAACAGGCUUAAAAAGGUUCAGGGUGACCCUAAUGUGCUGAGAAGCAGCGAUCUAGCAUCACUUGCUUUACAGCAUCUGGAAAAGCUAAAAAUCUCACCAGAGCCACUUCUAAGGAACUCAAGUGGUCCGAUCGAACCGGUUAUUCUCUUUCAGAAAAUGGGAGUUGGGUGUCUUGAACUUUAUGUCCUAAAUCCAGUCAAGCGUAGCAAAGAAGUAGAGUCGUUUAUGCAGAACUGGCCCGAAAGCAGCUCCAAAUCCAAAAGCUCGGAUGUUCCCCUGACCUCUUUGGUCUCUAUAUGUGCUUUGCUUGUGUGGCAUCCCGCCAGCCCAGUUGAGAAGAUUAUCAGAGUGCUCUUCCCCGGCUCUACACCACAAAGUAAGAUAAUGGAUGGUCUGGAGAAACUGAAGCAUCUAGAGUUUCUCAAGAGGCCGGUGGUGUGCUCCAAAGACUUCGAAACUGCGAAAUCAGAUAAAAAUCCAAAACUCGCAGAGAAUCAGGACAGCCCCAUGUCUGUAAAAAACGAAUUAAGUUCAAGUAAUGGUGCUUCAAAGCAACGAUCUGUCCAUGGAGAUCUCGAGCUAAAAGACAAAACCAAAGGUGUGAAUAAAAAUUAUCUGAAAAGUGAGGAAAGGCUGAAAUCUGCAGAAAGCAACGUCAAACUAAAACCCUCCAAGCUUGUUACGAGGAAAGAGUCUUUAAAAGAAAAAAGCAAUGAAAAAACAAGCACGCCAGACACAAAGAAACAAGAAAGUGGACAGAGAAAAACUUCAGGUAGCAAACCAAAGAUAGAUAGCAAAACUGAUGUGAAAAUAGAAGAGAAAAAGACAACAAAGUCUCUUGGGAAAGAUGUCAAGAAGACCUCAGAUAAGCCUGGGAAUGUAAAACACGGAGCAAAAGUAAACAAACAGGCUGAGGACAAAACCAAAAGCUUUAAAUCUAACAAGGAACAGCAGAACCAGAAGCUUUCCACAGAAGAUUGCUCUAAAAUGUCUUCACCUGAAGAUAUGACAGCUGAAUUUCUGGAAAUGAGCAAAGAACAACAGGAAUCUUCUGUGAAAAAGCAACAUGCUGACUCUGGAAACCUAAAAAAUGUCCCUAGAGGUGAUGUUCAGUCUAAAUGUAGUACCAGAGUAACCACUAGCAAGGCCACAAUGGCUGUCGGGCCCAAAACAAAAAAUGACCUCACACCUACUGAGUCAACUUUGCUUGAUGGGGCUUUGAAAGACAAUAUUUCAAAAGAUGGCCACGAGGACGUUUGUGUCAGUCCUGAAGAGAAGACUUUAGAGUUAUCUUCUCCUAGAUCAGGUCCGAACAGUGCUGGUCAUACUCCUUAUCACCUGUCCCCUGAAGAGACCUGGGCCUCCAAAGAUCACAGUAGCUUUGGGGUAAAGAUGUGUCUCGGUUCAGAGAGCCAGCAAACAGGACUGCCCAAGCUUUCAGAGUCCGGAUGCCCUAAAAGUAACCAAGAGAGCGUCUCCACUUCAUCCAGAGAGAAACAUUCGAGUUUUCUGUCUCUCAGUUCCUUCAAGGAUAUAAUGCCUGAUAUAUCCCCCACUGUCACUACCACUACCACUCACUCAAUGCCUGCGGAAGUCAGCUCACCACAGUCCACUGAGGUUGACGAAUCACUUUCAAUGUCUUUCGAACAAGUGCUGCCUACAGUCAGUGAGUCUACCAACGAAGAUGAAACGUCCUACUCCAAUGGACAACUUUCCAAAUCUGAAUUCAAAGUAGGGAUGUCUUUGUCCAUAAAGAAGCCUCACACUCAAAGGACCCAUCAGGAUGGCUCAGGUGGGUGUCCGUCUGAACCACAGGGUCUAGUGUUUGAUAUCGGCCAUGAUGUAGACCUGUGCUUGGUCUCUCCAUGCGAGUUCAAACACUUCAAACCGGUCAGCAAUGGAGAAGAUUCACGUUCACCAGGAUUAGUUAACACCAGCCCGCUGAACCAUUCCGAUGAUAGCGACCACUCCCAAGAGGCAACUAAGCCCCUUCCACCAGCAUGUUUGGUGAACAGAUCCGCUCAUCCAACUAUGGAGACCCCUCUUACGUCUGCCAGUGACUUCCCCACAGCCACCGACUCGGAUGUACAUCCAGGACUAGAAGAUUGCUCGUCUAUUACAGCCGAUGGACUUCUAGAUUCGGAUGAAGAAUCAGGAGGCCACCUGCAAUCCCAGAACAUAAACGAUGGAUUGGGUUUUAAUCGAGGUAAUCAUCUUCUGCCCCAGGAUCCUCCACCUGCGCCUGUGAAAGAUUUACCUCCCCUUCCACUGCAGCCGGGUGCCUGUAUGCCCGAUCCUGUUAGCAGUGUGAAGUCUGGUGCAACAAAGGGUAGAAAAUCAACGGGAGUUACCCAGAGGUUAACAUCACCUAGCAGUUCAACACAAAGCACCAAAACCAGGACUGGAAGUCAAGCUACAUCUGUUACCAGCUCGAGAAGCAACUCAGCUGGCACAGCCUCUGCCACAAAAAGAUCAGGUAGCAAGGUUGGAGCUUCGGUAUAUUUGGACCUGGCUUAUCUUCCAGCAGGCCAUGCAGCGUCCACUGUCGAUGUUGAGUUCUUCUGCCGUCUACGCUCAUCCUGUUACAUAAUAAGUGGUGAUGACUCGUACAAAGAAGGCUUGAUGAGGUCCAUUCUGGAUGCGUUAUUGGAGGGUAAAUCUGUAUGGCCUGAGGAUGUGCCGGUGACCCUAAUCCCUACGUUUGAAUCCAUGGUGAUGCACGAAUGGUACCGGGAAACUCAAGAAAAACAACGGCAACUGGGAAUAACCGUCCUGGGCAGCAACAGCACUGUGGCCAUGCAGGAGGAGACGUUCCCUGCUUGUAAAAUUGAGUUCUGGUAUAAGAAGCACAACUUCUUCAGAAUCUUGGCUGGCUUCUUUGAUCAGGAACGCUACGGUCUGGUUUGUAGUCGUCUGUGGGUCUGGCUCAUGGUCAUCAUGAGUGCUGUUGUGUCCGGUCUUUCCAAACAGCAGGAGAAGAAGCUGCGCUCGAUGUUUUGUCAAAGCAAGCUGAGUCUGCUGUUUAAAGCCAGUGUGCAUGGGUACAGUGCGGAUUCAUUUCAUCAAAAGUGUGACAGGCAGGGACCCACUGUCGUUGUGGCUUACAAUAACUCGGGGUAUGUUUUUGGAGCGUUCACAAGUAGCGAUUAUGCUCAGACAGGGAAAGAUAUAGUGGACGACAAAGCCUUCCUGUUCAGCUUCAAUUGUAACGUGAAUAAUAAUGACCCCCUGCGUGUGGUCAGUGGAAAUCCCCAGUGCGCUUUCAAUGAUGGAAAUACAGGUCCAAAUUUUGGAUCUUUGGCGUUUCUUCAUAACAACACAGCCACUGUAAACAGUAAUCCCGGAAUAUACCAGUUUGAUCCACAGCAGAUGCAUGGCAAUAAUUUAGAGCUGACUGAGUUAGAGGUGUACAGAGUGGAAGACUUUGGAGGGCUCAUGGAUAAACCGUGGAGAAGAUUCCUGUGGAACUUUGAGCGUAGAGAGGAGAUCUUGUGCUCUGUUUCUGAGUGGAAGCCCUCUGUGAAAUCAGUGAAACAGGCCCGGAUUCUGCUGGUGGGUCCUGUUGGCGCUGGGAAAUCAAGCUUCUUCAACUCCAUCAACUCUGUGUUUAAAGGUUACGUGAGCACCCAGGCCAACACCGGCACUGCUGGCUCCAGUCUCACUACUCAGUUUCGUACUUAUAGAAUCAAGGCAGGCAAGACUGGAAGCUUUCUUCCCUUCAUGCUGUGUGAUACUAUGGGGAUGGAAGAAGGUGCCAAUGCUGGGCUUGAUGUAGAUGAUUUCACCAGUAUUCUGAAGGGCCACAUUCAGGACCGGUAUCAGUUUAAUCCAUCAGUGCCUCUACAAGACGAUUCCCCUCAUUUCCACAAAAGUGCCAGCGUUAAGGACAAGAUUCACUGUGUGCUUUAUGUGAUCGACACCAGCAAAGUUAAACUACUGUCUAAAAAAAUGACAGAGAAGUUUGUGGCGCUCCGUAGAAAAGCCAACCAGCUGGGUAUCCCUCAGCUGGUGGUUCUGACCAAGGUGGAUGAGGCCUGUCCUUUGGUGGAAGCUGAUCUGAAACAUGUCUACCAGAGUCACUACAUCAAUAGAAUGAUGCAGGAGGUGUGUGCUAAUAUCGGAGUUUCUCUGACCGCCGUGGUCCCAGUGAAGAACUACAGUCAGGAGGUAGAACUGGAUCCUGAGAUGGACAUCCUGCUCCUAAAUGCAUUGAAUCAUAUUCUCAGAGCUGCAGAGGGCUACUUCGAUGAUCAGGGUGAAGAUGCAGUGUCUAUUUGAGACCGCUGUAUAAAAACCCUUAAGAAAACGCAUAUUGAUAACUUCUGGGGUUUGCUUGUAAUAGGCACAGAAUAGUUUUUCUUAGUCCUUUGGGCAGACUGCCGUCAUUAACAUAUUCUGUACCACCCUGUCUUUUUUAUGUGAUUUACUGUUUUCUAAAGAACAUUCUGUGAAAAUACAGCCUUGAUUUCUUUAAUAUCGACUGAGUAAUUAAAAUCAUAGUGAAAUCAAUGUUUGAAAUCAAACUGGUAUUCAGAUUCAAGGACACUGUAUGGAUUCUUUCUAGUAAUACACUAGAAGCUGUUAUUGUUAUUACAUUAAAAGUGUCUAUAUUUUAACAAAGUUUGAAACAUUCGAUCAUUUUGUUUAAAACAAGUAAAUUAAAAAGAAAUGGAUAAAUAAAUUACAAAAUGCUAUUCUUUGUUUUGGAGCAUUUUGGCUUUCAAAAUGUCAAUAAAAUAAAAUAAAACUGAAGGAAAAACAAAAACACGAACCAGUCAGUAAAUAUUAAAACAACUGACUGAAAAAAUGUCUGAUUUGUUAACUAUGAAGUUUAUGACCCCAGUCUUAAAGAACUCUUAUUAUGCUUUUUCGCCUCUUCCAAUGUAUUUAAUGUGUGAUGUUGAUGUUCGAGCAUAAUCUGCAAAAUUACAAAACUCUCGUACAGAAAGCAUCAAAACACUAAUCAGAAUCGUACCAAAUAAAGCGUGACAGAAGUGUGCCAUAUUAUUACAU